AUGACUUCUCUUACCUCAACAGAACUGGAAGAAUGGCCGCAGAGCAGACAGUCAGCAAUCUAUGGCGUCUGCGGUGUGAUGAUGCUGCUUGGAAAUGUAUCUGUCCCGAUGCGCAUCUGGGCCCAGUGGAAAGUUCAUAGGAAGACUUUCAUGGAGGAUUAUUUUCUCGUUGCAGCGUUGUUGUUUGCCAAUGUUGGAACCAUCGCAACAAUAAUUGCAGGGACUAAAGGCUUAGGUAUUCAUACCUUCCGCAUAGUAGCCCAAGACCCGUCAUAUAAGGACCUCGUCUCAGUAUUUGCUAGUGUCUGGGUAACUGCUCUCUUCAACGGACCAUCGAUCUUCGCAACAAAAGUCGCCCUUUUGACUUAUUAUCGUCGCCUAUUUAUCGUGAAUCAGACAUGGCUUAAAGUCACUUGGUGGAUCAACCUGGUCUUUGCCACACUUUUGUGUCUAGGUACCAUCCUGUUCUAUAUCCUGCAAUGCUCGCCUGUCAACUGGUACUGGGAAAGAGUCAAUGCGUAUACCAAUGAGACCGGUACUUGCGUCCAACCUUUAGGCGACAUUGGUGCUCCCUUGGUCUUGAGUAUGGUUUCAGACCUUGCUAUUCUGCUCUUGCCGAUCAUAACGGUCAUCACCCUGCAAAUGGAUAUAAAGCGCAAGCUUGGACUCACAGCAGUCUUCUCAGUGGGUUUCGUGUCCUUCGGAUGUUCUUUGGCUCGAGUCACCGUCUUAUUGGCGGGAACGGAAAUGGCAGACGAUGACACAUGGACUCUCACAGCAUUUGAGAUACUGAGUGUAGUCGAGCUCACCUGUGCCAUCCUCUGUGCCUCUGCCGUCCCGAUCUUCUCAUAUUUCCGGCUGCUUCUACGUGGAAGAAGGGAGGAAAGUACUGGUAGCCAUGACGGAUACGGCUUUAAAGACAUAUCCGCCUCACGCCUGAAGAAAGAUCGUGGAAGCUGGUUGGCCUCGUCAAGUUCUGAGCAUCUUCGUGAGGAAUAUGCUUCAAACUCGAAGGAUCCUGCAAUUCCAUGA